ACAGCAGAGCUGAAGCAUCUGGACAGCGGCAGUUGUGAGCACUUCUGGAGCCCAGGCUCUUCUCACAGAGGGAGGGACAGAGCAGGCAGCAGACACCAUGGAACCCCCCUCAGCCCCUGCCCACAGAGGGCACAGCCCCUGGCAGGGUCUCCUGCUGGCAGUCUUACUCAUAACCUUCUGGAACCCGCCCACCACUGCUCAACUCACUAUUGAAUCAGUGCCGCCCAAUGGUGUCCAAGGGAAGGAUGUUCUUCUGCUUGUUCACAAUCUGACAGAGAAUCUCAUAGGCUAUGGCUGGUUCAAAGCGGACAGAGUCGAUCCCAAUCAACAAAUUGCAACAUAUGUGAUAGAAACACAAGAAAUUACCCCAGGGCCUGUAUACAGUGGACGGGAAACGAUAUACCCCAAUGGAUCCCUGCUGUUCCAGAAUGUCACCCAGGAGGACGUAGGAUACUACACCCUACAAGCCUGGACAAAAAUUUUUCAAAGUCAACUAGGAACUGGACAGCUCCACGUAUACCCGGAGUUAACCAAACCCAACGUCACAUGCAACAAGUCCAGCCCUGUGGAGCAUGAGGACCGUGUAGUGUUAACAUGUGAACCUGAGACUCAGGACACCACCUACCUGUGGCUGAACAACAAUCAGAGCCUCCUGGACAGCACCUGGCUGGAGCUGUCCCUGGACAACAGGACUCUCACUUUACUCCGUGUCACAAGGAAUGACACAGGACCCUAUGAAUGUGAAACCCGGAACCCAGUGAGUGCCCGUCGCAGUGACCCAUUCUACCUCAAUGUUCUCUAUGGCCCGGAUGCCCCCACCAUUUCCCCCUCAGACUCCUAUUACCGUCCAGGAGCAAACCUCAGCCUCUCCUGCCACGCGGCCUCUAACCCGCCUGCACAGUAUUCUUGGCUUAUUAAUGGGAGGCCCCAGCAAUCCACACAGGAUCUCUUUAUCCCCAACAUCACUGCGAAUGAUAGUGGAUCCUAUACCUGCCUCGUCCAUAACUCUGUCACUGGCUUCAAUAGGACCACAAUCAAGACUAUUACAGUCUCUGAUCCAGUGGCACAGCCCUCCAUCCAAGCCAGCAACACCAUAGUCACAGAAAAUAAGGACGCUGUGGUCCUGACCUGCCUCACAAAUGACACUGGGAUCUCCAUCCAGUGGUUCUUCAAUAACCAGAGUCUCCGGCUCACAGAGCAGAUGAAGCUGUCCCAGGACAACAGCACCCUCACCAUAGACCCUGUCAGGAGGGAGAAUGCUGGCGAUUAUCAGUGUGAGGUCUCCAACCUGGUCAGUUCCAGCAAAAGUGACCUCCUCAGGCUGGAGGUGAAAGAACCAAAUUCUGCUGGCCUCUCAGCUGGGGCUAUUGACGGCAUCGUGGUUGGAGUCCUGGCUGGGGCAGCUCUGAUAGCUCCAGUGUCCUUUCUCUACAUCUGAAAGACUGGAGGGUCAGGGCCACUCUGACAACUCCCCUAACAAGG